AUAAUGGUGUUGACAAUAACCGUGAUAUUAAUAACCAUGAUUACUGAUAUUAUGUUAAUACUAAUAACAAUUUAGUGCCAUAAUUUGGUUGGUACUUCAACAUGGAAAGAGGAGGAAAUGCACUUAUGUUGCCUCAGGUAUCACAGUGGAAACCAGCUCUCUCUCUUUCUACCACAUGUUUUAUAAAUGUGAUUCACAUGGUAAAAAGCUAUUCUUUCUUUUUAUUGUCCUUGCGGAAAAUUUUGUAAUCUUCUUGUAUCUUUUGCACCUUUCAGUCUUCAACAAUAACAGCGAAGCACAUGGCAUUACAUUAACAACACAUAACAAAUACUCCCAACAUUAAACACCAGACCUCCCAUUUCCAAUAGCAAAAUCACAAGGAAUACAGAGACACCUGUGGUAUCACAGGGAUUUAUUUAACAAAGCUAUUUUGGAGAAUAUAAAUUAUAUAUGAAUUUUUGAUUUUGAUCAUGUUGUGAAAUCUAAUUUUGUGACAAAUUCACCUCACUGACCAAUGACUAAUUGCUUUGAUAAAGCAAAUCUAUCUGAACAUCAAUACCUUAUUGUAUUGUAAGGUAAGUAAGGUUAUGCUUUAAAGUAAAUACCCUAUUCAAGUUACAUGUAUAUCCACCAAACUUCAUCUCUUUUGCAGAAUAUCUGAAUUUCAUCAAACUAACAGAGAUAAUCUCUGAGUAUGUAAAGUACAUGAGGUUUAUACAAACUUCAAGGCAUUUGAACAUUUUUAAACUUACAUGCAAAGCCUUCUUAAAACAAAAGGCAAUCUUGAUAACAUCUUGACAACAUCAAACAUUACAUUUAGUCAUUUAAAAACUCACUUAAAAAGUUGCAAUACUCAUGAAGAUACAUGUCAUCUACAUAAAAAAAUAUAUUUUCAAAAACAUCUCCUAACGUAAACUUAAAGUAAUGAUUUAAAAAUGAAACUGCCGAGUAUAAUUUUUCAGGAAGUGAUCUGACUUCAAUCCAUGCAAAGAUACAGUAAUUUUAGAUUUUAUGUUUCAAAAAUAAUUUCAGAUAUGGAAAAAAUAAUUUCAGAUAUGCAUAAAAUAAUCUGCUAAAUGCAUAAAUGUAAGUGCAAAGAGGAGUAGUGUGAUGCCAUCAUCCCAGUCCCUCUCAAACUCUUUGCAGUAGGUCUUCAUCAUUGUCUUGAGAGUUUUAUUUAAUCUCUCAAAUGCACAUUGACUCUCUGGAUGAUAGGCAGAUGAGAUAUUGUGCUGAAUAAAUAACAGCUUUAACACCAGGGAGAAAAUGUGUGACAUAAAAUUAGUGCCUUAAUCAGACCGAACAACUCAUGGUAGCCCAAACACUGUGAAAAACUUAAUAAGGGCUUUAGAAAUAGCAGGAACUGUGACCUUAUGCAAUAGAAUGGCUUCAGGAAGCUGUGUUGCUGCACACAUGACUGUGAGAAGAUAUUGGAUACCUGACUUGGCACGUGGGAGAGGUCCAACACAGUCAAUUAAAACAUGUUGAAAUGGCUCACCAAUGGCAGGAAUAAUAGUGGGGCUGCAAGAAUAGGCUGGUUAGGUUUACCUGUAAUCUCUCAAACAUGACACGAUCUACAAUACUGAGCCACAUCUGACCUCACCUCAGGCCCAAAAAAUUCUUAACACACAAUGCAAAGUUUUCCUGAUACCCACAUGGCCAGACAGACAAAAAUCAUGAGCAAGAUACAAUAUGUCAGACCGAUAAACUUCUGGAACCAACACCUGAAACACGCUACUCCAGUCAUCCACACUUAAAAUUUUUGGAUCUGUCCAUUUCUCAUCAGAACACCAUCACUAACAAAAUAACCAAAAGCUUCAUUUGAUAAAGCUUCAUCUGACAAUACAUCUUCAAACAUUGAUGACAAAGUAGAGUCUUAUUUUUGCUUAAGUAUGAACCGCUCACGAGAUGAAAACAUCUUUCCAAACCCUGUCAAGUUCAUGUCAUCUUGGGCCAUAAAAGUACCAUAAAGUGGAAUAACAGAUGGAUUGUUGGAAGGCCUAUAUUCGACAUGGCAUGAGUAUUUGCACAAACAGGAAACAGGAACGUCAAUUCAAGAUCAUCUGGAUUAUUUGACUUUUAGACAGUACAUGUUACUUCCGGGACAGCUAGCAUUUUCCCACCAUCUAAAUAAUUCCCUAAAAUAAAGGACACACCAUCUAUAGGAAUCUGGGAACAAAGUGCAACAACAACAUCCCAGAUACUAAAUACAAUUGUAGAUCAAUUUUAUGCAAAGCCAUAGACAAAAAUCCCUCACCGAAACCCUUGACAAGUACGUCUGAACCUUGAGGUGAUGUAUCAUUAAAAGGAAAGACAUCACAAAGAACCACAGAUUGACGAGCUCCAGUAUCUCUCCAGAUCUUGAUAGUUUGUCUUUGUUCCGGGCCAGAAGAUAGACACACAAAACCAUUCAUCAAAAUUGAUGAUGAGCAAGCUAACUCACCUUUCUUGCAUGGAACAUUAGCACCAGAGGAUGCCAGAGGAAGGCUUGGCACAGCUAUAGUUUCUUGCUUAGAACAGGACAGUCUGCAAUAAGAUGACCUGGUCUCUUUCAAUAAAAACAAACCCUUCUGGAACCAAACAAUCAUUACUCAUCUUCUUGGCAGGUGAUGAGGCAAACCGCACAGACUUUACAAAUCGAGACCUAGUGUGCUUACUGUGGCCCUGAAACUCAGCCUGUUUGUCACCAAAAUUUGCCUUAUGGGUCCAAACAAACUAAUCUGCCUAGAUUGUAGCUUGUUCUAAAGUCACUACCUUCUGCUCAUUCAAAUAAACAGAUUCAACCUCAGGCAGACAGCUUUUAAAUUAUUCACGGAACGUGAGUCGUCUAAGAUGUUCCUUACUUUCCACGUUCUGAGAUGUACACCACUGAUCAAACAGAUUCUCCUUCUGUUUUGCAAACUCAACAUAAGUGUGGUAAACAACUCAGGUACAACUACAGCAGAGCUGGCGGUAAGCUUCAGGAACAUAUGUCUUCAACAUAGCUGCUUUAACCUCAUCAUAAUUAGCACUCUUCUCAAGACUUAGAGCAGAAUAAGCUUCCUAAGCUUUACCCACCAAGACACUUUGUAAAAGCAAAGUCCACACUGUUUAGGGCACUUUGAUGUGUUUGCCACAUGCUCAACAUCAACACCACAGGGUUUUCUCCCGGUGGGACAUGCCCGGAACACCUUCCCGGGAAGGCGUCCGGAAAAGAUGCCCGAGCCACCUCAGCUGGCCCCUCUCGAUGUGGAGGAGCAGCGGAUCUACUCUGAGCUCCUCCCGAGUGACCGAGCUUCUCACCCUAUCGCUAAGGGAUCGCCCGGCCACCCUGCGGAGAAAGCUAAUUUCGGCCGCCUGUAUCCGGGAUCUUGUCCUUUCGGUCAUAACCCACAGCUCAUGACCAUAGGUGAGAGUAGGAAUGUAGAUUGACCGGUAAAUCGAGAGCUUUGUCUUGCGGCUCAGCUCCUUCUUCACCACGACAGACCGGUACAGCGACUGCAUUACUGCAGAAGCUGCACCGAUCCGUCUGUCAAUCUCCCGUUCCAUCCUUCCCUCACUCGUGAACAAGACCCCCAGAUACUUGAACUCCUCCACCUCAGGCAGGAAUUCUCCACCUACCUGAAGUGAGCAAGCCACCCUUUUCCGACUGAGAACCAUGGCAUCAGAUUUGGAGGUGCUGAUUCUCAUCCCAGCCGCUUCAUACUCGGCUGCAAACCGUCCCAGUGCAUGCUGGAGGUCCUGGUCUGAUGGGGCCAGCACGAUGACAUCAUCCCCAAACCCGACGCCCUCCGGCCCCUAGAAAUUGUGCCUAGAAAUUCUGUCCAUAAGAAUUAUGAACAGAACCGGCGACAAAGGGCAGCCCUGCCGGAGUCCAAUAUGGACCGGGAACAAGUCUUACUGCCGGCAAUGCGAACCAAGCUCCUGCUCCGGUCGUGCAGGGACCGGAUAGCCCUUAGCAAAGGGUCCCGAAUCCCAUACUCCCGGAGCACCCUCCACAAGAUGCCAGUACCCUGGCAUAGACUUUCCUGGGGAGGCUGAGAAGUGUGAUCCCCGAUAGUUGGAGCACACCCUCCGGUCCCCCUUCUUAAAAAGAGGGACCACAACCCCGGUCUGCCAGUCCAAGGGCACUGUCCCCAACCGCCACGCGAUGCUGCAGAGGCGUGUCAGCCAAGACAGCCCCACAACAUCCAGAGACUUUCCGGUACUCAAACCCCUCCACCACGGUAAGGUGGCAGUUCAAGGAGAGGCCUACUUUCUAAUCCAACUUGUCAGUAAUCACAAUUAUCUAAAGACAAAUACUGGGCAUUAGUCUACACUGAAUUCCACAAAGAACUUACACACACAAGCUGCUAACACACUUAAUUUAGGAUCAUGAACCAAAUAAACCAAAAGUGCCUCAAAAUGUUUAACUCACAUAACUUACAUAUUCCCUUUUCCGUCCUAUACAAAAAAAACUAAGUAAGAUGAGCAUGGUUGCUGAGCCCAAACAUAAUACAAAACACAUGAGACACCUGGAAACCUGCCUAUUAUUUUCAAACUCCUAUCUAUCUUCUGAGGUGUGCCGGGCACGAGGCGACUUUAAAAGCUAAAUCUCAGCUAGUGUAUGUCAUGAUUCUGCCUCUUCAUGUCAUGUCUAUCUUUAUAUUGUGGCAUAUUCAUGGCAGAGACUUAGGUUUUGUGUGGAGAAAAACAUACUAUUGUCGAUCAUGACAUAAUAUGCUUUCUCUACGGUCUCGUCUUUGGCCCUGGCCCUCUCAUUCCUUGUUUAGUUUUCCACCUGUGUCAUAUUACCCACACCUGCCUAUUGUUAUCUUCCUUGGUUAGUAUCCAUAUUUAAUGCCCUUGUGUCUGCUGUCCUGUGCUCGUCCCUUUUGCAAUGUUAACCUUGCUUGAUUUCCUUGCCUUGACUUGACUUGCCCUGUCCUGCCCUUGCAUGCCCUAACCAUGUUUGUUUUAUGUUGUGUCGUUGUUGUGCAUUUAGUUUCUUUUGCCCCCUCGUGGAAAUGUUUUGUUUUCAAGUUUUUAUAUUAGUUGCAUUCUUGUUUACUUACCGUGUUUCCCCAUCGUGGGCUUUUAUUUUGUGCUUAAUAAACUAUCGUUUCUCAUUAACCCAGUUCACCGCUGCCUGUACUUGGGUGUUACUCUCAUACAUCCUGACACUUUAGACCAGGGCUUCUCAAAGUCUACUUUCAAAGGUCCAAAUCUGAAUUCACGAGAAUGUUCAAGGUCCGGACAAUUGGUUGUUUCAAAAUUAGUUUUUAAUACACAUCCUUAUAACUUUAAUAUUUUCUGUUCACCCACAACACCCGUUGGUGAGUAAGCAUCCUGAAUGCAUCUAUUUCUCAAGAUCCUUGUACAUUGAAGUAUGUUUGUCCACCACUGAUUCUGCUCUCAUUUUGACAACCCUCAUCGACUCUGGGUCAGUCCGCAAUUUCAUCACCGGCGCCCUCUGCUACCAGCUCAAUCUCAAAAAGGGAAGCCUCCCCAUCAAUAAUAAAGUCCAGUGCAUCCUCCGAAGACCACUUGGUAAACUGAGUUUUCAAGUGGGGCGGGAGCAGCUGCAAGUGGGUGUAUGCCACAAGGAGGAUAUACAGUUGAAAGAAAAAUCCUGGAGCAGGCCACUACAGAGAUCAUCCUGGGUCACCUGUGGCUCAUUAAGCACCAGCCAUAAAUCCACUGGAGGACUGGGGAGACCCUAUGAUUGUUUCCUAACCCUGGCUUCUCUUCAACCUGCUUCACACUGUGCAGUUGAAGUCGGCACCACGACCAUCAAAAGUCCCCAUGAGAAACUCUCUGUUAAGAUCCCUGAGUGUUACCAUCAGUUCAGAGACGUUUUCUGCCCCCCCAGGCACCCCAUCUACCACCUCAUCGACCAUAGGACUGUUUCAUCGAAUUGAAGAAGGGUGAGCCAGUGCCCCAUUGGAAAAUAUCCACUUUCCAUUCCCAAGCAGAAGGACAUGGAGCAGUACAUCUCCGAAGGCCUGAAGCAAGUUAACAUCAUUCCUUCUCCAUCUUCUGCAUCCUCAAGCUUCUUCUUCGGGUUUUUAUGGCCAUGCAUUGACUUAAGGGCAUUGAAAAUAUAAUCUGCUGCGAAUCCAAAGGGGCGAUGAGUGGAAGACGGCAUUUGUAACUCCCAACGGCCGUUAUGAAUACUUAGUAAUGCCAUAUGGACUUGUGAACGCUCCCUCUGUCUUCCAGCCAUUAAUCUUGGAGAUGAGCGCCUCACCUACCGGGGAAGGAGCGGUGCUAUCACAGUGGUAGGGGAAUCCUCAAACACUCCAUCCAUGGGCCUUCUACUCCCACAAGCUCAACUCGGCGGAGAGAAAUUACAGUAUUGGGGACAGGGAGUUGUUAGCAAUCAAACUCGCAUUGGAAGAGUGGAGGCAUUUUCUGGAAGGAGCUCAUAUACACCAAUUAUAAAAAUCUCAAAUAUCUCCAUGAAGCCAAACACCUGAAACCCACCAAGCCUGUUGGGCUAUGUUUUUCUCCAGAUUCCCCUUCCAGAUCUCAUAUCAUCCAGGUUCCAAGAACUCCAAUACAGAUGUCCUGUCUCGUAUGUUUUUCCCAAAGAAGACCACUCUUUCAAGCCUACACACUGUUACGGAACCACCAGGCCAUCACACCACUCCUUCACUACGCUCCCCGUCACUAGAAUUCUGAUCGCCGCCACCUGCACCUCAUCACCACCUCAUCAGCACCACUAUACAACACUCCCUAUUUCCCUCAGUCAGCGUCAGGAUUCGGUUGUGAUACGGACACUCUGUUUUACUCACCUGAGCUACUUACCUGCUAUCCCACAUUGAAGUCUCCAAGUCUGUUCCUGUUCAUCUCAAGAAUCUUAAUAAUACAAUUCAUGUUAGAGAGGGGUAAGUUUUGCCUGUUGUUGAUAAUUACCAGCUGUGAAGUACUGUAGCCUAUCACAACACGCUCAAGCAGUCACGUCAGAGGAAAGUAAACGAACAGUGUCCCAAUGUGAAGUGAGUCAGGGUCCAAACCAGUGCCCAAACCCUUGUGCACGAUAUACUGAUUCAUGAUCUUGGGAGAUAGGGACCUGAUUGAGACACAGCCAAUGUAUUUUGACUAAUGUAAUUGUACAAUCACUCUCCACACCAGAGAGAGCCCAUCAUUCGUAUUUUGGCAGUGGACCGGUCUCCACCAAUGCGUUACAUCAGCAUCAGCAAGGGAGGAACACUUGCAGUGUGGAAUAGUACUCUUAACAUCACAAAGCAACUGAGGAUGUGCGGGGAACCCUUUGAUAAAACAGAAUUGGGAAGGAGGUGUUGUAUCACAGAUGGCAUCUACAUGGCCAACGUCCACAAGAUCGCUGUGGCAACAAUGAGCAGGGGCAUUCACUUCUUUGACGUUGCCACCACAAACUGUUUCGAGCAGUUUUAUUUAUUUGGACUGAAUCAUUUCGCCACUGCUCUGAGUUAUUGGUAUGACAAAGAGGAUCCAGGAGAGAAGUGUGUGCUGAUGUGGGGAGAUGAGAGUGGCUCUGUAAAUUUGUUGUGGUUUCUUCAGCCUUCAAAAGGGCUCUUUGAGACAAAAUUCACCAAGCAAACAGCCUCUGUCCCUAUUUUUAUGCCAGACAUAUGUACCCACAGUGAACUUGUCACCUUUCAAAACAUCCCACACAUCCACAGUCAACCGAUCAACAGUAUCCUGUAUGAGCACCAUGGUGAGCUUAUUAUUACAUCAUCUGAAAGCACAAGCAGCUCUGUGGUAAUCAUUGAUGUCCAUCAGAAGAGACAGAAAUACACUUGGAGAAUUAGAAAGGGAGUCAAAUGUUUUGACUUCAGCUCUUCUCACAGCCUCCUGGUAACUGCUGGAGUGGACCCUGCUGUGAGAAUGUGGAACCGCUAUGUGACCUCUCAACCCAUUGCGGUUCUGCGGAGUCACAAGACCAAUGUGGUGGAUGUGGCUAUUCACCAAGCAAUGAGCAAGAUCUUCAGCUACGCUAAGGAUUCUGUGGUGAACAUAUGGGAUAUACCUUCUCAACAAUGCGUUAAGACAAUUGACCUGAAAUUCCCUCAUUUACAAGCAGGCCGUGUUCUUGAACAUGGCCCCUUUCCUCUUCUUCUCAGUCUGACGGCAGAUCCUGCUCUCCUGGUGACCUGCAGGGAGUAUAUUGCUAUGCUGAGACUCCACAAAACAGAGUCCAGCAGACAACACUACACAUGUGCCCUUUACAGUCCUCACCUUGAACAGGUAAUAACAGCCUGUGCUGACUCUUCAUUGGCUGUGUGGGAUGUUCAGACAGGCCUGAAGAAGAUGGAAAUAAGGAAUGCUCAUAGUAUGGAGAAGAUUUCUUGUAUUACACUGGACCGAAGCCAACACAGGCUGAUCUCUGCAGCCACCAAUGGAACUAUCAAGGUGUGGAACGCGUUGAAUGGGCACAAUCUUCACAAGCUAGAAGCUGUCUCGGAAACAGAGGUCACUGGGAUCAUCUGUCACCAUGACAACCAGCUUAUAGCCACAGGAUGGAGUCGACUCAUCGCUCAAUAUAACAUUGGAUUUUCAAAUGACACAUAUGUCAAAGCAGAUCUGUCCUUGGAGCCUGGUUGUCAACACAGUGAGGAUAUCAUAGCAAUGGAUCACUGUCCAAGUUUGGGAAUUCUAGCUACUGGGAGCUUUGAUGGAGAAAUUAUUAUGUGGAAUAUGGGUCUCCAAAGGUCCAUCACAAGACUGCAGAGAUCCCCACCGGAUAAAAUGGGAGGCAAACAAAGGUUAUAUCCGCCUGUUCAUAGGCUGCUGUUCCUGCAAAGACGAGCACAGAAAAAUGUUUUGAAAAACAGUGCUGUAUUGCUCAGCUCACAGGCCGGAUCUGUCUGCUGGUGGAGCAUAUAUGGACCCAAGCACAAGCAUGGGCAGUUCUAUGUGCCUGGUGAAUCUAAUAAGAGUGUAACGGGUUUAAGUUCAGACCAGGAAAAUGGUCUUCUUGUCACUGGAGACACCACUGGAUCCAUAAAAGUGUGGGACAUCUCACAAUAUGCCUUAUCGGCUGGAGAUGAAUCUUCAACAGAAUUACCUCCACUGUUACACUCUUGGAGGGGCCAUGAGGGGGCUUUAGAGAGCAGUGAGAUUCUGGCGUACGGCUCUCGACUCUUUGUGCUAACCGUAUCAUCUGACUGCAGGGCCUGUCUGUGGACCAUCGAUGGAGGUUAUGUAGGGUGUUUUGGACAGGAAGAGAAGUGGGAUAUAAGCAACCCGGACACUUAUCAAAUGAGCAGGAAUCUUGUAUAACAUUGGGCUCCAGGUUCUGUCCUGGAGGGCCGGUGUCAUGGAGAGUUUAGCUCCAACCCCAAUCAAACACACCUAAAGCGGCCAAUGAAGACAUUACUAGACAAAGCAGAAACUUACAUGCAGGUGUGUUGAGGGAGAUUGGAACUAAACUCUUCAGGACACUGGCCCUCCAGGAACAACUUUUGGGACCCCAUGUUCAACAUGUGAUAGCAUACUGAUAGCAUACUCAACUAUAUACUCAAAAAGAUAUUUUCAGAAUACCCAGGACAGGACUGUUUUACAAAACAAUAUAAUGAAAUCUCUGCAACAAUAACCAGCACCACAUUUACCCCAGGCAUACUUACUGGGAAGCAUUUCUCCGAAUAGUUCCGUAUUUUUUCAUCCUCAUGCCUUAUAUGGCUUUCUUUCUUUUUGCUGAACACAAACAGUGUUUUUGCCUCUAGACUGCCAUUAGUAAUUCUCCAAAAAGCAAUAGGAUGCAAAUUAGCAGCUCAUAUCCUGGCCCAGAUGUGAUUCUGGCAGCUGUUGUUGUGGAUAUUUGAUGACUAUCCACAUUUGGCAGAGCUGGCUUGGCAAUGAACAGAGAGGCGUUAACAAAUAAACCAACAGAGUGAAUGUUUUGAUGGUCUGAUAUAACUGCUGUUAAACUCUAGCAUAUGGUAGAAACAGAAGCUUUGUGGUGAGGGUUGAAAAGUCCAAAGAGACCGUUAUUGUGGUGUUUUCAUUGUUGUUUUUACAAUUGUCUGAAAGUCUCUAACCGUCAAAGAAAACUAUAAGUGUCUGGUGUGGUAAAAAUCUCUCCUCAGAUUUCCUUCUCCUCAUCAGCUGACUGACUUUGUGUAGACCUUCAGUGGGAAAAAUCAGUAAGGAUUAGUUCACCCAAAAAUGAAAAUUGUUCAUCAUUAUUAUUCUGUGAAUAUUUUGUCACACUUAGCCAAACCUUCAAACUGACAGAAGGUCUGGAUUCUGUCACAGCUCUCAUAGGGUAAAGAUAAAAAUGACAACACAAUCUCACUGCAAACACAUAACUAUUUUACGAUGUGGCUAAUUUUGGCUAAUUCGUUUGAUUUCAUCAAACUAUCGAUUUGUAUGAGGAACAGAAGCGAAAGCGAUCACCAUCUGCUGUACUUCAUCUGUCUCGUAACAGACAGCGCCAUUACGUCAGCUUUGAAUGUGAAAUGCUGUUGUCUCUCGUUACCGAUUACGUCAUUCUAAUGGCGCUUUUCCACUGGAUAGUACAGCACGGUACGGGGCGGCACAGCUCUCUUUUGGGGGGUUUCCACUGGGUGCAGUACUUAGUACCCCACCUUUUUUAGUACCACCUCGGUUGAAAUUCCAAGCGUAAUGUACCACUACCAAAAUGUGACGUGUUUACACACAGAUCACUGAUUGCCAGAAGAAUCUUUACCAGCUUCAUUGGAUUUGAAACACAUGAAUACGUAUUUUAAUAUUUAAUAUUGGCAUUUCGUUAUAUGCUUUGUGGAAGUAAUAUAGAGAUUGAAAACCUUAACUCAAUGCUAAAUGUUACAUUAGCUUACCCUGUUGUGCCACCAAAUUAUCGUUGUCUCUUCUUUGCUGAAAUAUUUCCCAAAGUCUGUGGUAUUUUAGCAGUAUUUUGUUUUCCUGCCAUCGGCCAUCGAUAUACUCCAUUACUUCUGUGCUGUGCGUGUGUUUGUUGCGUUUACACAGCUGUGGAAAAGCAAAUUGAGCUGAAGUGAAGUGUGCUGUACCGAGCCGAGUCAUACUAAACUUGACGGUACCAUGCAGUGGAAAAGCUCCAUAAUGUUUCGGUUUGUAUGCAGACGUGUUGAAUGUACAUUCCUGGAGUUCCUUGUAUAAAGUUAUCGUUUGGCUUGAGUUCAGAAAGAUUGCAACGCGACUUGUUUGUAAUAGGUUUAUACUGUUUUGUUCAUUUUAUGGA